AUGCCGGGAGACAUAGAGUCAUCUAGAUAUCAUUUACGUGGGCCCGUAAAACCUCCAUCACGUUAUGCUGAUUCAGGCGAUGAAGUGCAAGACGUUGCACGCACUGCGACUCCCAAAUCAAAAAGUAAACGUUCCUCACCGGUAAAGCGUGGCGUAAAAGGAUUAAAAAUGAGAGAGAGUGAUUCCGAUAGUAACGCUUCCAGUAUCAGUAACGGAAUUCAGCAAGAAGAACGAGAUCAACGAGAAGGGACCAAAGGACAUACUACGCCACGCACCGCACGUCCUCAACCGUCUGAGAUAUCAUUGGCAAUGAGGGAAAAUUUACGUCAUUUGAAGAAUGUGUUAAAGUUACCCAAAGCUCGUAGGUGGGUUUAUUGUGAAUUUUUUUAUUCCGGUGUUGAUCAACAGCUUUUUUUGGGUGAAAACGAAUUUUUGCAAAUGCUUCAAGAGAUGCUGCCCAAUCUACGGACUUUUAAACUCUGUAAGCCAGAGUGGCGUGCCAUACGACGAAUGAUUGGGAAGCCUAGAAGGUGUUCUCAAGCAUUUUUGAAUGAAGAACGCGUAUCGUUAGAUAUGAAAAGAGCUAAAAUUCGUCAAAUUUACGAUGGAAGUGUGAUGGGUGCACCACUUGGGUGUGAGCUUCCAUUACGUUUACCUCGACCACUGAUAAUCGGUGCGAAAAUAUAUGCGCGAGUACGCACUCCUAAAGAUGGUAUUUACGCCGGGACAAUUGAUGCUAUUCUACCAGAUUCUUAUCGAGUAGUGUUUGAUAAGGAAGAAAUGAUUCCACCGAUGAUUAUCAAAGAUUCAGAAGUUAUGUCUGCUCAACCGACUGAACUUCUUUCGAUCAAUUAUUUUCUGGAACAAAAUCGUGCUGCCAUUCCUCCAUCACUGGUCAGAUUCGGUCAUGUUGGCACGUUUCCAAAACUUUCUGAUGGAACAUCCAAUCGUCUUCCUGCAGGAUCAGAUAGUGGACGAAAGCCUACAAAGAUUCGUGAUGAAAAAGUUGGGAACUUUCCCGUUCGCAUGCUUGUUCUUCUAGUGAAACUAAGCAAACUAAUAGAAGUGAAGAGAAACUUGAUAAGAUCAUUAGUUGAGUUGAACUCCGAAGCAGAGAAGAUGAAUAUGAUAACAGAUAUUUAUCCAGUUGCAUUUCAGAAGAGGUAUGCUCAGGUAGUCGUUGACAUCGAGUUGGCAAAUAGACAGUUACAGAUAUAUUUAAAUGCUAUAGGCGAGUACUGCAAUCAGUUGCUACCACAACUAAGUGAAAUGUCGUUAACAUCACGACCAGAAGCAUUAAAAAAGGUUUCGCAGAAUCAUUCGGUUCAAAUCGUUAAACAUUGUAACAACGCUCUUAAUGUACAAAAUAAGCGUGCACUUGAUUUGAUUCGGGCACUGGGACAGCAGAACUGUACUGCACUCGAUCUACACUCACUUUCGGAUUCUCUGAAUGAAAUUCGAAAACAGAUUGACCCCACAAAUGUUGCUGCCUUCCAGGAUUUUGUGGAAGUUCACAUGAAACAAAUACACAAUAUGAUGUUAAAUGUUGGAAAUAUAUUUUAG